AUGCACUCGUCUUUUCGCGAACGACGUAUGCGCCAUCCCGCUCCAGAGAGGCUCACUAUCUCUGGCUUCCUUCCUUUGCCUCCUAUCACAGCGUCGCCGGUGUGCACUCCCACAAGCACGUUGAGCCUGGGCGAAGUCCUCGCAGUGGGCACCCCACACACCGCCGCUCCGCAUUUCGUGGCCGAGGGCGGGUCGUUACGCGUUCUACCCACUUGGAUCUCGACACCACCGACUCCGCCUCCCAGGCACAUCAGACGCUCAGUGACAUGUAUCGUCCGACGGCCGCCACAAUCUCCUCCAGUCCUCCCACCCUCUGCUUCCGUGCCUCUAUCGUCAGGUCCCAUCCGUCACAUCCCUUCCAUACGGCCUCGUGCCCGCUCGGACCCUCAACUGCGUCGUGUGUCGGGCGAGUUUGGCUGCCGGUCAGAUGUAUCAGAUAUCAGCAGCGGGCUAGAUUGGCAUGUGGAGAAGGCCAGGGAUGAUGUUCGGAGGUAUCACGCCCUCAUGGAGCUGCUGUCGUCGGAAGUCAGAUACUUGGAGGACUUACGGGCUUUACUUUGUAUAUAUCUGAACGGCCUGCCCACACUCUGUCGCACCUCGUCAACGGGUGCGUUCGGCCGCACAUCGCGCAACAAUUCAUACACGCAUCUUCCGAAAGCCAACGGCUUCUCGGAGCCAGGUCUCCAUCCCCUCACCUCAAUUCAGACUUCGCCGAGCAAGCAGCCGAAGGCGUAUCGUCCCUUGUUUGCCGAUUGGGAAAUCAAGUUGCUCACACGGAACGCGAAGGAAGUCUUGCGUCUCCACGAGAACUUUGUCGCCGAAUUGCGCGAGACGAUAUCUCCGAUCGGAUUUGUCAUGGAGGAGGAGCCUUCGCCGGAUCAGUUCGAGAUGAAGAUGCGCAUCCGAAACAUCGAUGCAGUAGUGGGCAUGGUCUCAGCCAAAUUUGCUACAGAGGCGAGUCCCUUGCCGAUCUUUUCGGGGAAGUUCCUGACCAGAUCUAGGCCUCACGUUUUGACGCAUACCAGUCAUUUUGCACUGGACAUCCAGAAGCAUUGCAAGUUGCGCAAAGAGCUCAGAGCCAAUAUCCAGCGGAAUGGGAUGCUUUCGAACAACAAUGCGCUGCUGCUAUCGCUGACGAACCGCUCCAUCGAGCCCCUUCGUCCACUCGAUCCUGCAGCCCUAGCGAAGAACACGCGGGCGCGCACAAAUUCGAAGGAGAGCGCAACCAAAGAAAAGUCACGUCGCUUGCUCUUCCAGGAUUACUUGAUCAAGCCGGUGCAACGAAUCUGUCGCUAUCCACUACUCCUGGAUCAGCUCGGACCGAGCAAGAAGAUGCGCCGAAUCUCGCGGCCAUCUUCGUCUCGGCCGCCCGUCGAAGUUGUCGUGGAGAGUGCGGCCCAGGCUAUGCGACAUGUUGCUAGUGCUGUGGACGAAGCACGACAUCGACAAGCAAUUCUCACUCCCAGCUUUCUCUCUUCGCUUGGCACGUGCCUACUCGCUGGCUCUCUCGAUGUGAUGCACUAUCACUCUUCCAAGCGGCAGAACAGCGGACCGAACAUCAAUGCAAAAUAUCUUGGUGCAUUUUUGUAUCUUGGAGGAUAUCUUAUCCUGGUCAAAGUGAUCAAGGGCAAGGUCUACGAGCCCAGACAUUGGUUUUCGCUGGUAGAUUUCGAAGUGGUGGAUUUGGAAGAGGAAGAUACGUCCCUGCCGUGCACUUUCAGCCUCACAUGCGAGGGCAACCAAUUUGAUCUGACCGCUGCAUGUCAGAGAGAAAAGGAUGCUUGGCUGAGUUCUAUCCGAGAAUCGAAGCUGCACCCUCCUGCUUGGAUCAACGAGCCUACGUCGAGCAUCCAUCUCGACUGCAAAGGCGAAUUCAUUGCCUCGACACUCGAUGGCCCAUUCGAGAUCAUCAACGCACUGCCCACCAUUCAGUCUCUCCCGGAAUUGUCGAAAGAGGAUGGGUUCCCGGAUCUUGCUGCAUCGGUCUUUGCGGCCUUUGAACAAAGCCAAGCUGAAGGCCAGGCCGCGAGAACGGGGAUAACAGCGAAGAACGAGCCAAUCACGAGCCGAAGAUCAUCGACGGCUUCCGUCAGGGCCAUUUUUUCUGCCAGCUCUGAACCGGAUACAAUCGUCAUUAGACGAUCGUCUCCUGCAGCCAGGGCUCAGGUCGACUUGGCUCUGCACGACGUCAUCUCGGAGCCCAUUCUGGCAGCAAGGUGCACCCGAGAUGAGCUCUUCCAGGCUCCCAAAAUCCUGCGCAGCUCGUUUACCCGCUCCAACUCUGCGUUGAGUUUGACUGGGCUGACGAAGAAUCGGCUGUCCCGACACGAGAGCGUGCGAGUGCCCAGGCGGAAGAGCCAGUCAACGGACGAAGGUGGCAAAUCACCGUCGCGACCGACAUCGCUGAGGUUGAAAUCAGUGAAACGUCGACCGAAACGAUUGAGCAUCGUCUCUGCCUCGGAAGCGGAGAGUCUGUUCCAGACCUCUGAUCCCUCGACCGUCUCGCCGUUCUCGCAGUGCUCGUCUCUGACCUCCAGCCUGACCAGCCCCACGCUUGAGACGCCGCCGUCGCCCGUCAAGCCAGCAGCCCCGGUAGAGUACUACAUGACUCUGACCCAAGGCAUCCUCCGCCGACUAGGCAAGUCGACCCGGCAUCGGAGAACGCGGAGUGCGCCGCAUGACCAGAACCAGUCCCCGGUUCUGCCCGAGAUGGAUUUCGGGGCAGCGUUGUCUGCUGAGGUGGAGCCGCGUGCUGCGAGUCCGGUUGUGGCUACGGCGGAGGCUCCGCGGCGUACUCGGUUUCUUUCGUCUGAAACACCCAACACUGACCCUCGGCCGACGAGUAAACGGAGUUCCAUAUUCCGUCGGCUGAGAUAA